UGCUACAAAUGUAAUCAAUGUGGGAAAGCCUUUUCCCAACACGGAAAUCUCCAAGUGCAUAAAAGAACACAUACUGGAGAAAAACCCUAUGAAUGUCAUCAAUGUGGUAGAGCCUUUUCAAACAGCAGUAGUCUCCAAAUGCAUAAAAGAACACAUACUGGAGAGAAACCCUACGAAUGUCUUCAGUGUGGGAAAGCUUUUUCACAUCCCAGUAGUCUCCAGAAGCAUAAAAAAACACAUACUGGAGAGAAACAGUAUGACUGUAAUCAGUGUGGGAAAGCCUUUUUCCAACAUGGAAAUCUCCAAAGGCAUAAAAGAACACAUACUGGAGAGAAACCCUAUGACUGUUUUCAAUGUGGUAAAGCCUUUUCAAACCACAGUACUCUCCAGGUGCAUAAAAGAACACAUACUGGAGAGAAACCCUACAAAUGUAAUCAAUGUGGGAAAGCCUUUUCACAACAUGGAAAUCUCCAGGUG